CAGUACAAACCAAGGCUCAUUUUCCUUGGGGUGCUGGGAAGACACCAGGAGCCUUGGGCACCCCUGGGACCCAUGAGGAUGCUGGAAUCCAUCUAGGACCAGGGUACACUGCUCCCCACACCUAACACCCCAGGUGCCCGCUCAGUGUGGCCCCUCCAGCCCGCUGUCCCCCUCCCCAGGCCUGGGCUCUGCUUCUGUCCCAAGAGGCUGGGGUACUGAGCCGGGGUGCUGAGCGUUGGGCCAGCCCUGCCCUCUAUCGUUGUGGGAACUGCUCAGCCCCAGGCUGCCGGGAGCCGAGCCAUUGCAAACACCUCUCAAGGCUCAUGGAGCCAUGCGGGGUCUGGCAGGCUUCCCACGGCAUCACCUCCCACCCGGCCGCUGCUCCUGAGGGUACACGAGGAUGCGUCCUGGACCCUGUGUGGCACCACGGGGACCCCCGGCACCAUGGGCCCAUCUCCAGGCUGCCCGAGGGGAUGCGCAGGCAGCACAGCCCCAGCACAGGUGCCCUGCUCCCCAAGCUUUGCGGACGUGCAGGCGCACUGGCGUGGGCGAUAACUGCCUCCCUCAGCAUCCCGGGUCGAUAACCGGGCGGCCAAGGCACUUGGUGGGGCCGGGACAGCGUGGGGGCAUGCCAAUGGGUGCCUGCAGCAGCCGGAGAGGGAAGGGAGCGCCAGAGGCCACUGGUUAAACUGGAACGAGGCGCGGCGGCCUCCCCGCGGUCCCUGCCCUGGGGACUCUGACCCCAUGGGCUGGCGAGAGGAGCCGAGGCAGGCAGCGCUGAGCAGCCCUGCAGCCGCUGGGACAGAGCCAGUGAGGAGCAGAGCAGGAUGGACCCCACCAUGGAGCUGGCAGAGGACCCCAGGUUCCCCCGUCCGCUGGUGGAGAUGCUGAUCAGCAACUUCAGCGUGCCGGCAGCCUGCUUCUCCCUGCCGCCCACCUCCCGGCAGCUGCUCCAGCAGCUGGACAUGGCCCAGCUCGCCAUCAUGGGCCUCGCCACCAUCAUGACGCUGCUGUCAGUCGCAAUCUUCGUGGAAGAGGCUUUCUACCUCACCCGCAAGAUCCGCUGCCCCAUCAAGAUGAAGACCCUCUGCUGGAGCAGCUUGGCCCCUACGGUUGUGUCCGUGGUCAGCUGCUUCGGGCUGUGGAUCCCACGCUCCAUGAUGGUGGUGGAGAUGGCUACCACGGCGUACUUUUCCAUCUGCUUCUACCUCCUGAUGCUGGUCAUGGUGGAGGGCUUUGGGGGGAAGGAGGCGGUGCUCAGCACCCUGAAGGACGUACCCAUGGUGGUCAGCACUGGGCCCUGCUGCUGCUGCUGCCCCUGCCUGCCCCGAAUGAUCAUGAGCAGGAGAAAGCUUCAACUGCUGAUGCUGGGGACUUUCCAGUACGCCUUCUGCAGGGUGGUCGCCGUCUUCCUGGGGCUGGUUCUGGCUACCGAUGGGAACUACAACCCCGCUGACAUCUCGGCGGAGAGCGUGGCCCUCUGGAUCAACACUGUGGUCGGCGCCUCCACCCUCUUUGGGCUGUGGGCCCUGGCCAUCCUCUUCCGGCAGGCCCGGCUGCACCUGACCGAGCAGAACAUCAAGGCCAAGUUCUUCUGCUUCCAGAUUCUCCUCCUCCUGACGGCACUGCAGCCCGCCAUCUUCAGCAUCCUGGCCAACAACGGCAACAUCGCCUGCUCUCCACCCUUCUCCUCCAAGGCCAGGUCGCAGCAGAUGAACAUGCAGCUGUUGAUCCCCCAGACCUUCAUCUUGGCAGUGGUGACACGGAUGUACUACCGCAAGCAGGAUGACAAGCCGGGCUACCAGCCUGUCAGCUUCGCACCCGCAGGCACCGGCGACAAGGCGUGAGCAGGAGGGAGCAACUGGGGUGCCAUGGGGCAGAGCAGGGCGAGGGGCUGGUCUGCCCUGUACAGCCACCUCCUCCUCCGGCCCUGGGGAGCUGCCAGCAGCAGAGGGGGAAAGAGCAUACUGGUGUGGGGUGAAAGGGUCUGAAAGCCAAAAGCCACAAGCUACAGUGAUCGUGAAGUCACCUCCAGCCCAGGGGGCUCUUUGUCGGCCACUGAAUAAAGACAGAUUUGUACCCGAGUCUUGCGUCGGUGACCGGGCUGAGAUCGUCCCCUGCCCAGGCUGGGUGGGAGAUGACUCUGCACAGGGGGAGGAAGAUGGAGCCCAGGCCAGCACAGCCAUGACAUGGGGCUGUCACAAGGUGCCCAACACCCAGCCGUGACAUUGACCUCUGGGUGCUGCUGGCUGGGGUCCAACGGCCAAGGCAACGCCAGGGCAGCGGCAUUUUAUCCUGAGACCUCUGGAUGGGUUUGGCCCAUCACUGGGGCAUGUCCUCGACAGCAGUGGCUGCUCCUGAGAGCACAGUGGGAGCAUCCACACCAGCCAGCCUGGGGCCAGGCAAAGGGAGGAG